CAUCAGCGGCGUGCUGCUUCCGGACUGCGCGCCAGCAGAAUGGACUGCAGACUGUUGGCGGUGAUUGUUUCAACUCUUAUUUUGUGUUUGGACUCCUGCUGUUCUCACACGUAUGUUCUGAACGAUGAAGAGAAACUGGGGAGAGUUUUUGACGGAAUUGGAGGUUUGAGCGGUGGAGGGGCGACGUCUCGGUUACUGGUUAAUUAUGCUGAGCCAUACCGCAGCCAGAUUUUGGACUAUCUUUUUAAGCCAAACUUUGGAGCCUCUUUGCACAUACUGAAGGUGGAGAUAGGAGGAGACGCUCAAACUACUGAUGGAACGGAGCCGUCCCACAUGCACUAUGAAAACGACGAGAAUUACUUCAGAGGCUACGAGUGGUGGCUUAUGAAAGAAGCCAAGAAGAGGAACCCAAAUAUCACACUAAUAGCUUUGCCCUGGGCGUUUCCUGGUUGGGUGGGCCAUGGCAAAAACUGGCCCUAUGACUACCCAGACAUCACUGCAGCAUAUGUGGUGAACUGGGUCCUUGGAGCCAAGCAGUACCAUGACUUGGACAUUCAAUAUAUUGGGAUUUGGAAUGAGCGAAGCUACAAUACCAAGUACAUUAAGCUGCUGCGGUACACUUUGGAUAAGAGUGGUCUGGAGAGAGUCAGGAUCAUAGCCAGUGACAACCUGUGGGAGCCCAUUGCAAUGUCUCUACUGCUAGACCCUGAGCUCAGCAGAGCUGUAGACGUGAUAGGGGCUCACUACCCCGGCACCAUCACAGUGACAGACGCACUGAAGACACAGAAGAAGUUGUGGUCAUCAGAAGACUACAGCACUUUCAACGAUGAGGUGGGAGGAGGCUGCUGGGCUCGCAUCCUUAAUCAGAACUAUGUUAAUGGACAAAUGACUGCCACCAUCUCCUGGAAUCUUGUGGCCAGUUACUAUGAGGACCUGCCAUUCGGCAGAGAUGGCCUGAUGACAGCUGAGGAGCCCUGGAGCGGCAACUAUGUGGUUGAGUCUCCUAUCUGGAUCACAGCCCACACCACACAGUUUACCCAGCCAGGAUGGACAUACCUGCAGACUGUUGGACAUCUGGAACAAGGUGGAAGUUAUGUAGCGCUGACUGAUGGGAAAGGAAACUUCACUAUUGUCAUAGAAACCAUGACUCACGAUCAUUCAGUUUGCGUAAGACCUCCACUCAGCCCCUUUAAUGUAACAUCCCAGAAUGCAACUUUCCAGUUGAAGGGAUCACUUGCUUCCAUCAAAGAUUUCCAGGUGUGGCGAUCACAGUUUAACUUCAAGACAAAAAAGCCCUCUUUCUUUGAGAAACUAGCUCCACUGAAGGUUUUGAAUGGAUCCUUUACCCUACAUCUGGCUGAAGACGAGGUUUACACACUUACAACAAUUACCACGGGAAACAAGGGCAGCUAUCCUGACCCACCUCCCUCAGCUCCUUUCCCUAAAGUCUACAAGGACAGCUUUGAUGUUUUAAACCCUCCCUUCUCUGAGGCUCCAGACUUUGCCGACCAAACAGGGGUAUUUGAGUACUACGUCAACCUCACUGACCCUGGACCUCACGUGUUCACCUUGCGACAGGUUGUGACCCAGAGACCCGUCACAUGGGUGGCAGAUGCUGACCAGACCAUCAGUGUCAUAGGAGACUAUCAGUGGCAGGAUCUGACAAUCACAUGUGAUGUCUUCAUGGAGACUAUUAAGAGCGGUGGUGUGUUCAUAGCAGCCAGAGUGGAUAAAGGAGGUGGCUCAGUCCGCAGUGCUAAAGGAGUCUUCUUCUGGGUGUUUGCUGACGGCACCUACAAAGUUACCAAUGAUCUCGCUGGACAGACUGUACUUGCAGAAGGACUUUCUGGUACUCAAGCAUAUGGUUGGUACACCCUGUCGCUCACUGUGAAGGGCCAGUAUGCAUCAGGGUUGUUGAAUGGAUACCCGCUGUGGAAGAAUGCUGUGGUACUGACACCUAAGAAUGGCUGGGCUGCCAUUGGAACGCACUCAUAUGAAUUGGCACAAUUUGAUAACUUUGCUGUAAUAGCAGAGCAAUAAUUAACAGUGAAAUAAUGAUCAAUAUGAUGCUGUGAAUGUUCUACUUAAUUUAUUGACUUGAUUCAUGUGUUGAUUUGACAGUAAUAUGAUGUAAUAUAAUGUAAAGCAACUUUGAAGUUUGUUGUUUGACAUACUUGUAAAUGAUUUUGUACCAUGUGGUUCUAAUGAUUUUUUUUUUUAUUUUUUACUGGCUUUCAGUUUUUGAAAUUCAUGUGUGCAGUUUGGAGCAAAAUGUACGACAAAAUGGAAUGACAAUUUUAAUAAAUAAAGCAUCUUGCAACUUAACUGUGAA